AUGGUUGAUGGGAGAGAUGGGUUAAUCGAGUCGAGAAUCGAUGGACCACUCUCCCCGCGAAAGAAUCGACGACACCCAUGGAAUCUCUCGUCGAUAUUUUGCUGUUGUCGAUGUGCACCGAUCAAUGUUGCAGAGCGCGGCUCGGCCGCCAUGGACGCGCCAUCAUCGUCCAACACAGGCGGUUUGCCCGAAGACGUAUAUCGACAGAUUCGGGCCGUCGACCAAGCCACAUCAACGCUGACACGAGGAGCGAUUCUCGGGCUCUCGGCAAGGGUUCUUGACAAAUCCGAAUUCCGAUCCCCGCAAACCGGUGAAGUCUACGUGGUACAACUCGUCGAGAUCAUCAAAAAACCUGGGCAAUCGCUGGGACUCUUUUUAAGGGAAGGCAAUGGAAUCGAUCGAGGCUCAGGCGUCUUCGCGAGUCGUUUAGCCGAACAAUCCGAGCUGACCAAAUGUGACGAUUUGAUACGACCCGGCGAUGAGAUUCUCAGCAUCAACAAUGUUGAGGUAGCAAAUAUGAGCAUCGAUGAUGUGGUGUUGAUUCUCUCGAUUCCACGACGAUUACUUCUACGAAUACGUUUCAACAAGAAUCGCCGUGAACGCGGCGCCUCAUCGAGGCAACCAGCCGAUCGUCCAGUGGUUGUCUUUCACAAAUACGAAGAGCGACCUCCAGGCGAGCCAGCUCCGUGCUCUCUUCUCUCACAACCCACAUCUACCGCUGAUACAUGGUUGGGGAAACGGGCAAGACAACAGUCACAGGAGAUGCAACGCAGCGGCAUUGGAACAACGAUUGGAGGCGGUGGGGUCGGUCCACAGUCGCCGUAUGGGAGUGCCUAUUCGAGCAGUGGCGUCAAUAUGCGAGCCGGGAUGAGUUUGCCAAAUGGGGACCUCGUCGGCCGAUCGCAGAGAUUUUCCGACCCGGAUCCCUUGGAUACGGUGUCGCGAACGGCGCGAGUGAUUCCCUCAAAAAUCUGCUCGACGUCGAUGCGAAGAGCUGACAGUUUCGGCACUCAACCUAUACAAUCUGUGGGCUUAACGCUACCGCGCUCAUCCACGGCCGUCCCACCACCCGACCCAUUGAGGGAUACGAUUGAUCCGCUAAGAGACCCACGCGAGCCACUUUCCGCUCGUGAGCCAUUAAUGCGAAGCGGGUGUUCCCCAGUGAUGCCUCGAUCAGCCCGUCAACCUCUCCCCACAGCCACCUAUGACACGAGAAGCAAUAGUCUACCAAGGAGAAGAGCAAUCUCCGGUCCUCGAAAUGUAAAGUGGCGCCCCGAUGUGGUGACUGAUCUCGGCGAGGAGUCAGAUGGAGCCACCUCUGCUCCGGAAUUCGGCGGCUAUUCAACGCGAUAUUCGAAUCCACUCCGAUUAGCGAACGGUGGCGCAGCAGUGGGGCGAACGGUGAACGAGCUUUUCUCCGGUGGAGAGCACAGACAUUGGGCCGAUUUGAGGCAACAGCAAUACCUACAAGCCAACUAUCCGAAUCCGCAAAUCUACGCCGGACAGAACUACCAAAAUGUUCAGUUGACCACGCCCGGCUACGCGCUGCCCCCGAUGGGAGUGCCGAUCGUUGGUGGAAGAUGGUCUCAACCGGCCGAUCUGCGUGGUGGGACGAGAUCUUGUUCAUUGCCGAGCCGAAGUCUCGUCACGAGCUCACUCGUCGGAAGCCCGCAACCGAUGAGAAGAGAGCCGAAUGUGCUUGAUCGAUAUCACGUAUCUCCGCUAAUGAAUCGACGGGCGCCGCUUCGACCAGCCGGCCCUGGAAUCAAUGUGGAUCGAUUGAACGUGAACUCACUGACGGGGAUUCUUUUUGUUCAAAUCCUCGAGGGACGAGGACUGAAGAUUCCCGACAAGCAACGAGCUGUUACUGAGGAGAUGUACUGUGUGCUGGAGGUGGAUGAGUGUCACCGAGCGCGCACCGGCGUCUCCACAUCCGAGCAAAGAUACCGUUGGCGAGAAACCUUUCACAUCGACGUUCACAACGCGACCAUCACGCAUUUCUUCAUCUACAGUUGGCAUCCACAAUACCGGCACAAACUUUGUCACAAGGGUUCACUAAAACUCUUGGAGGCGUUCGUCGUCGAUCAACUGAAUGGGGAUCGCAUUUUCGCGCUCUCCUUGGAGCCACGGGGACAAUUGAUCGUGCGGAUAGGUUUUCACGAUAUGGACACCGUUUUCCGGCGCCAGGUCAACACCAGAAGUGACGCAGCAUUCGGCGUUCCCUUAUCGAGACUCGUACAGCGAGAGCGUCGUGAAACCCCAGUCGUCCUCUCACGUCUCAUCCAAGAGCUUGAGCGACGAGGCGUCGAUUAUACUGGACUCUAUAUUUUGUGUGGAUCGGUGGAGAAGAAACGAGUGCUGAGAGAUGAGCUCGAGUGUUCUCCAUUUGGUACCGAUCUCGGCAUUGACAGUGUUCCCGAUACGAAUGUGCUCGCGUGUCUCAUCAAGGAUUUUCUGCGUGAACUACCCGAACCAUUGGUUCCCCUUCAAAUCCACUCAAUGUUGUUGGAUGCGGCGGCGGUGAUGCGACCGAAUGAUGUGCAAGACACGAGGAAUCUCGUCCUAUCCGUCAUCGAUUGCCUCCCAACUCCGAACAAGAACACAUUGAUCAUGGUGAUGGAUCACUUGAUGCUUUGUUUGACUUCGUCACCUCAUAAUGGACUCUCACAAACUCGAUUAGCCACAAUUUUCGCGCCACUUCUCCUUUGCACCACCGAUCCGCCACCAAUUCAGCCAUCCUACUCGGCGACUGGAGGCCCAAAAGAGUUGGUUCGACCACUAGAUGUCACACAGGCUUCAGCCACUCUGCAACUCCUUUUCGAUUUGUGGCCAAGCAGAGUCAACGGAGACAGUUCGAGCGGGAGUAGCGCCACGCCGACGCGAGCCCUCGCGGCCGCCUAUGCUGCGCUCGCUGCGGAAUCAAAGUGU